GUGAUGACAAUGUGCUGAGGGCUCCAGACAUGAGAGGUGACAUAUAGGCCUUUAAAUAUCCGGAGGACACAGAGGCUCUGUUACAACGCGCACUGCGCCCGCGCGCCUCACACAUCUGCUCCGCGCGGGCGUACUGCUCCGGGAUAAAGCACGGUCAUGUGACUCGUGUUUUUUUCCUCCUCUUUUCUCCUCCUCCUUCGAAGUUGAGGCAGGAGCGGAGUGCACAGCAGAGCUAAGUGGUGGCGCAGGGUCCCAGCUCGCGUUCUCACCGCGGAUGAACUCAUUCGGUCCUUUUUCAAACACAUUGUUGCAUUUUGUGGCUGUCCGUGACGUUUCUAAACGCUUUCCGUCGCGAUGGCGGGGGCUAUCAUUGAAAACAUGAGCACCAAAAAGUUGGUGAUUGUGGGAGUGAUCCUGCUGCUGUUCCAGGCGUUCGCUUUCAUGGUGGGCGGAUUAAUCGCCCCCAGCCCCACCGCAGCCGUACAUUACCUGGCAACCAAAUGUGUGGACAAUGUGAAGCACCGACAGGAUUCUAAGUGGUUCAUGCCGUGGGGACCCAACCAGUGUGACAAGAUCCGCUCCUUCGACGAGGCCAUGGCCAAACACAUCGAAGCCAACAACAUCGUGUUCGCUGUGCACAUCCCAAUGCCCUACAAGGAGAUGAGCCCCUGGUUCCAGUUCAUGCUGGUCAUCCUGCAGUUCGACAUCGCCUUCAAGAUGUACAACCAGAUAGAGGAUGGAGCUCUGGUCACCAUAGACGUGGGACUGGCCUACAGAGACGACACGAUGAGCGAGUGGACUGAGAUGGCCCACUCCUUUGAACAGAGGAAACUCAGCUGCAACUUCACUACAGACAAGACUUUUGAUAAUGAAGGCCGCCACUACGAGUGCGACCUGCUGCCCUUCAUGGAGGUGGGCAGUGUGGCUCAUAAAUACUACCUGGUCAACAUCCGUCUCCCUGUGAACGAACGCAAGAAAGUCAACGUGGGUAUCGGAGAGAUCAAGGACAUCCGCCUGGUGGGCAUCCAUCAGAACGGAGGCUUCACCAAAGUGUGGUUUGCCAUGAAGACCUUCCUCACACCCAGCAUCGUCAUCAUCAUGGUGUGGUACUGGAGGAGGAUCAGCAUGAUGAGCCGGCCCCCUGUGCUCCUGGAGAAGAUGAUCUUGGCCCUGGGCAUCUCCAUGACCUUCAUAAACAUCCCUGUUGAGUGGUUUUCCAUCGGCUUCAACUGGACCUGGAUGCUGCUGUUUGGAGACAUCCGGCAGGGGGUCUUCUACUCCAUGCUCCUCAGCUUUUGGAUCAUCUUCUGUGGAGAGCAUCUCAUGGAUCACACUGAGAGAAAUCGUAUCUCUGUUUACUGGAAGCAGGUCGGGCCCAUCGUUUUUGGAUCGUUCUGCCUUUUUAUUUUUGACAUGUGUGAAAGAGGUGUUCAGCUGACCAACCCAUUCUACAGCAUCUGGGCAUCUGAAGUGGGCACUGAACUGGCUAUGGCCUUCAUUAUCGUAGCUGGGAUCUGUGCCUGUUUAUACUUCCUUUUCCUUUGCUUCAUGGUUUUCCAGGUGUUCCGAAACAUCAGCGGGAAGAGGUCCUCACUGCCCGCUAUGUCCAAAGCUCGCCGAUUACACUACGAGGGUCUAAUCUUCAGGUUUAAGUUCCUGAUGCUGGUCACUCUGACUUGUGCCGCCAUGACGGUCAUCUUCUUCAUCAUCAGCCAGGUGAACGAGGGCCACUGGCACUGGGGCGAGCACACGGUCCAGGUGAACAGCGCUUUCUUCACUGGGAUCUACGGAAUGUGGAACCUCUACGUGUUCGCCAUCAUGUUCCUGUACGCGCCCUCGCACAAACGCUACGGAGACGAGCAGACCAGCGGGCAGUGCAUCACCGGAGACACAGGAGCCAGCAGCGGGGAGGACAUCCAGCUAACCACCACCAUCACCCACGUGGACGGGCCCACGGAGAUCUACAAGAUGACUGGCAAAGAGGCACAAGAGUAGAGUCUACAUGCUCCAAGGAUGCUACUACUACUCACUACUGCCCCCUACCCAACCACCUCCCCCCUGGUCCUAUACCCCUCUUCCCCGUCUCCCCCCUCUCCCCCGUCUCCCCCGUCUCCCCCCUCUCCCCUUCACCAGUUCAGUCAACACAAAGGCAGACUGGAACAUUCCUUUUCCAGAGACUGAAUACUAUCUUAUCAGGUCCGGUCAUUUCAUUGAGAAAACCAUUUUAUUGCCAAAGUUGGAUUUGAUAAUGAAACUUGAUACAGGUCAGGUACAUGCCUCUGUUAUUGGUACCAGUAAAGUAGUGACUGGAUUUGGAGUGGAAGUACUUUUAUACAAUGUGGAAAUAUUCUUUAAACGUGCACUGUAACUUUUCUAGUGGUGGGUCUGCUGUUUGCCUGUCUCCAUGGAGAUGUCAUUGAUUUGCUUGGAAUGUUCCACAGUGUGGUAUUUAAAUGAUCUAUCUUGUAUUUAUUCAAUUAAGAAGCAUUUUAUUGAAAAAAAUGAAAACUCAUUUUAAUUGUAAACAGGCUUACCUUUCCACAGAUGUGACCUGUAACAUUACCAUUAUAACAUCAUCUGCUUGUCUCAUUGGAGAUGGAUAGGUUUAAUGCUGUACUAAGGAACAUUUCAGGCAAAGCAUCUCUAUAGAGACAAGCAGGUGGUAGACCCUCCACCAGUGCACCUUUAAGUCGAAACAUUGGGAGUUUUAAAAAUGGUCACCAAAUGUACAUAUUCAUAGGUUUAAGACAAACAAUUUCUCCCUAAUUUGAAGGACUUUGUGAGGACCUUUCAUGAUUCAAAAGAUAUAUUUAAUUUGAAUUGGUUAGUUGCUAUGACUACAGAGGACGGUUGCCAUAGCUUGAAAUCCAUGAAUAUUUACAUAGACAUUUUAAAUUCUUUUAUUAGAUGAAUUGAUGAACAUAAUUACUCAAAAUGUCAAAUACACAAGAAAUUUUUCCCAAAUGCUGUUGAUCUGGCAAAAAGAUUUAGGUUAAAUACUAGGGAUGCACCGAUCCAGCCGAUAGUUUGGAUAUUUUGCAGAUACUUAAAGCUAGAGACUGAAAACAGCAUUUCCUUCCUUUAAACAAAAAUAAAAUAUCCAAAUGUGUUAUGUAGCUGUUCAUUUAUAUCGUAACGACAGAACAGCUUUAUAUAAAUAAACAUUCUUGGUCUUUCUGGGGAAACUACAACCAGUAAAUCGUCUUAUUACACCGUUUUAUUUGUCCAACUAGGAUAUUUGGAAUCGAUAUUUGAAAGCCGAUAUCUGAUACCAGUAUUGGCUUGGUGCAUUCCUAUUAAAUACUACUACUCUAUUCACAAGCUUAACCAGAUAUAUAUUUUACUCAAGGAUGUUAAUUGCUUUGCCAUAAAAAAUAAAAGUAUUUCAUUUGAUACACUCCUGUUUUAAACUUAAUGGUUAAACCUUGUCAAGUUGCUGUAGCACUCCUCUCUUUUUGUUUUAUAUAACCUAUUUCACAUUUACUCUUUUAGGCCAUGUGGGCAUUCAUAGUGUUUUUAUAUUGAGGUAAAGCCUGUACAGACCACCCCAUACUGUCCACUCAUUAUGUUACAAUGUAGAUAUGUAUUUUUUUAUAAACUGUCAACUCUAUCAAAUAUACAUGCUUCUGCUAUCAUCGACAAGUGUUAUUUGAAGUUGAUUGUAGCCUAUUACACUAUUUUUAGUUCAUUUUUUGGCUUUUUAUGAUUUUAUUUAAAUAAAACAUUUACAUAAUACUUG